UCCCUCAGCCAACAUUUUGUUGCUUCUCUUAUUCAUGCGCUGUUGGAGCCAUGUGGUAUUACUGGCUGUUGCUACCGACCCUGCUUGUGCCCGAGGUUUGCUGCGAUCGAACUGGGGUGCGGUGUGUGGGGGGCACAUUUGGCCAAGGUCAAAAUGAGUUCUUGUUCCUAGUAGUACGGCCAGGAGCCCCUAGUAGCGUCCUUGUUCCUAGUAGGGAUGCCCUUUGCUCCUAGUAGCGUCCUUGUUCCUAAUGAUGAUUUGACGUUUCCCAAAGUUGUGACGCAAAAUUAUCCCUAAAUUGCCAUCACAUGCUACAACACUAUUUCGUAGCACUCUUGAACUUCAACUCAAGAGCUUUAUUCCCCAACGAAGCUGGGGGGACCUUUGCUUGCGUGUCACUCGUUCACCCAGAGAAGCCGAGUCAGUGUGGCUGGCCGACUGGGUGACUGGCCGGUGAGGGCUACUUGAAAGCGCGUUCCUAUCAGAAGCCCAUGGUGGGCCGACUGUUAGAUCUGGAGUUCCGCUCGCAGACCUUGAGGAUUCAAUGUGGAUACCAUUUGAAUGAAGGUUCAGCGAUUGGUUAUUGGGCACCCUCACUGCAAAGUGCAUUGGGACCAAUCGGGAUCAAGGUGACAAUUGCCUGCGGUGUGUUGGCGACAUGCGUCUUUGUUUGGCUGCUGCGGAAGACCGAGAGCAGGUGUGGUCUCCUGGGCACCAUAUUCUUAAUUGCAGGCGGUGUUGGAAACAUGGCUGACCGCCUCUACGUUGGUGGUGUGAUUGACUAUUUGUUGUUGCAGACACACGGCCCUUUGGUCAAUACAUCAUUCUUCUGGAACCUGUCUGAUUUGUACAUAGACUUUGCGGUCAUCUUCUUGUUCAUUGCGAUCUUCCUCGGUGAGUUGCCAGGUGAUGAGAAGAAGGAGCAGUGAGGUCUAGACCUGCAGCGAAAGAGCUGUGCCUCCAAAGGGAAGAGGCUGAAGAUGGCUGAAGAGGCUCGUGCCAAAAGAUGCCACACGGCUGAACAUGGCAA